CGAAUGUAUAUAGAAAUACAGCUCUUAUAAAGAGGAUUCACGACCCUUUGGAUUUGUCUUCAACUCGAUCGUUGUUACGUGGAGAAUCUGCAUGGAGAAUUUCCGGUUUACGUUCACCUGCUUUAAUUUGGUAAAGCAAAGUUGUGAGAGCGAUGGAAGUCAUGGUGGACCCUCAUUCAGUGAAAUCGAGAUUUGAGACUCGCAUCUAUGUGGCAAAUCAAGAAAGAUUUGUGUAUGU